AUGUUAGUUAUGGGAGAACCAUCGUCAGUAUCAUCCCACUUGGUCAUAGCGUGCAACGGGCAAGGGCCCGUGGUUUCUGCAGAGCCAACUUCCUUGGACUUCGGCGAGGUGAAAGUUCUCGAAGAAAAAACGAUGGAAUUCCAGCUUAUCAACGAUUCGCCUAUUCCUACUCAGUUUAUCGCGACAUUGAAAAGCGAAGAUUCACUGUGGAGCGUCAGUCCAGAGUCUGGUGAUCUCGAACCGCAUGAAUCGAUGAUCAUUACUGUUAAACUAUACCUCGUGGACCCUGGGAAAUACAAAGAUAAAAUUAUGCUGCGUGUAAUUAACAGCAGAACCAUCCCUGUAGAGGUCAAAGCAACUGGAUAUGGUUGCAGUGUCGUUUUCGAGCCACAAAUAUUCCCAAUUUUCGACUGGGGCCUGCUUUUCAGCCAUCAGCAAAUAGAUCGAACAAUAACUCUGACGAACAAGGGGACUCAUGACUAUCAAAUGAUCUGGAUAACCGAACCAGAAGUACGAUUUCGACGAGGUCAAAUGCAAAUGUCGCACACCACGAAGUUUCAACUACAUCCUUCGAUCGUCAAUAUUCCACCGGGGGAAACGAGACAUGUCUAUUGCAAGUUGUUCUGGAAAGCAAACGAGUGCGUGGUAGAAAAAUGGAACGUUUUCGGUCAAUUUCACGGUAUAGGGAAACGUGAAUUGAUCGGCACGUCGUCUUUCACGGUUACGUUGACAGAACCACAGAUUCUAUUUAGUAAAAGGAGGCUAACGUUUCGGGUGGACGUGUGCCCCGAGGAAGACAAAUUACAGCAAACAGACGAAUUAUUGGUGACCAAUCAAUCGAAGCUGGACCUUAACGUUCAGCUCUCGGUGAAAGAACCAUUUCAUUUGAUAACCUCUACCGAAGAACACGUGCAAAGUAUGCAGAUCGUCCUGAUCGACGGAGGUACGACGAAAAUUCGCGUUUUCUUUUCCUUCGAUGGCGAUACCGAGGAUCGUUACUCGAAAAAUUAUUCCGGCGUACUUCGACUGGAAUAUCAGGAGCAUCCCAAUCAGGAUAAAAUCAUGUGUAAGGGUUACGUGAAUUUUCCGAACCUCGACAUACAGCCUAGUGAUUUUGUAAUUAACUGCGAGCUGGGCACAAGCGCCGAGGAAAUAUUAACGUUAACCAAUAACGGACCAGUAUCGGUUGUAUAUAAAUUCCUGUGGCUCGCAGAUUCCAUCGAUAUACAACGCGAUUCGGACGUCGUGCCGGAGUGUUCUGGAUGUUCAUCGCGCAAAGCAAAAUUAGAGGCGGAUACAGCCGAGAUGCAAGAGGUCGAGGUAGCGGACGAGAUACACGAAGACAUUUACACGAGUGACAAGCAAGACGGAGUCGGAGACGGGCCAUUAGACACGAUACCGCCACCUACGAAUUCGCCCAUUUCAGAGAACCAGAGCUCGGAAGUUCCUCUUACGGAGAAAAUUUCUGAAAUAGACGAUUGUUUGGUAUCUGCAGAGGAAAUAAGAAACUUCCUAAUGCCGAUUGUUGGAUCAUAUUUUAAGACAGACGAAGAUCUGGUUGUGUUAGAGAGCAUGCGGACCGAUCCUCCGAGGAAUGACUAUAUCAACGAAGUUCUGAAGAUCGUUCCAAACGAGGGCACGGUGCUUCCGUAUUCUGUGCAACGAGUACACGUAGGAUUUCACGGUUUCGAACGGCUUCGAAUAAAAGCCAUCAUCGUCUGUGAAAUUUUCCGUGGACCCACCGAGCGGAUUCAUCUACUCGCUCGCGCAGACGCUAUUCGAUACGCGAUUGACACGAAUGUUAUCGAUUUUGGUCAACAGAUCGGUCACUUGAUGCCCGUCACGAUCGAAGUGAUCGCUUAUGGUGCUUUUCCACAAGUUUACCUGUGCAUUCCUCGAGGAAAAAUGCAUCAAUAUCAUUCCAUCGAGCUAGAAUACUCUGCUAUCCAAUCGUUGACCGAGGAUUUCAUAGUUAACAAAAUAGGGAACAUCGUUGCCAAGAAGAUUAACGAUUUACUCGAAACGGACAUGGAGAUGUUAGCCGAUAUGAAACACGUGAUCAUCGAACGUACUGUUCAUUAUUCGGCCAAUGUAAUUAAUUACGGCCCAUGGAACGUGGAAAUGAGAAUGAAAAUGGAGAACAAGAAAGACCACCCAGAAAGAUCUGGCAUCAUAGUACACUUCAGAAAGCAUUCCAAGCUGUUGGUCGGCGAUUCUGCUAUUCUUCAAGUGACCUGGCACCCUACACGAGAAAGAUUUUCAGAGAAAAGCACAGAAGUGAAACAUAUGAUUUACAUAGAGGUAUUAUAUGGAUGCACGAUUCCUGUCACUAUAAAGGGAAUAGUAACUUAUCCGUACGUCACCGUCAAUACUAAGUUUCUGGACUUCCAGGACGUUGUUGUUGGAGAAUGUUUGGUUCUCCACAUUUUGAUCAAGAAUGACGGAUUAGUCGAUUGCGAGUGGGAGGCGAGGCUAUCGGACGUUCAUCGUAAGAAGCAACACGAGGAUUAUCCAUUUUACGUGGAGUACGAUACAAAUUACUGCCCACCUGGUCAUUUCGAAAUUGUCCGGUGCUAUAUAGAGACGAGGUUAAAGAUUAUCGUAAAAAUGAGCCCUGAAACGCAGAUAGUCGCUAUAACUGGUCGUGGAAUCGAAAAAAGAUUGAACAUAAUCGAACCGACUAUUCAAUUUCUGCCCACUAUUCCGUAUACGAAUAUUCAAGAAGUAGUUUUCACGAUCGAGAAUACUUGCAAUUAUCCUGUGGAGUUCUUCUGGCAUCAUUUGGACGAAUAUCGCUUUCUCGAUAAACGACGUUGGUCCAGUGUUUUCCAGAUGGAGGAUCAUAUAACGAAAGCUCUGUUGUAUUACUACAAAGUGAAGGAAAUACUGCUGCCACCCAGAAAGCCUGGUGAAUCGAUACCCUGGCAAUUAACGAAAUUUUACAGAGACAUAAUCAACGAGAUGGCCCAGGCGUUAAUUAUGGAGAAGUUAAACGAAGAAGAACUAUUCGAGGAAGAAGUUCAGCUUGAGAGAAGGAGUCACGAAGGAGACACGGGGAAGAAGAGAGAGAGGAUGACCAGGUCGAGCGUAUUGAAGAGGAAAACGAGAAAACGCGGAAGAUCUAUUCAGCAAUCUACGGCGAGGAAAAGCAGCGUUCGUGAAUCUAGUCGUCGCGGGAGAAGAAACGAAGUUGUCAGUGACUUGUCUAGCACGGAUUCGGGUAGAAAAGACUAUCCGGACUUUUCAAUUUUGAACGAAACUCUACUGGAGUCCAUUCCUCUACCCACGAGCGAUCCCGAAGAAAUCCAACACAUGCUUUUCUGUUACAUAGACAGCCUUUAUAAGAGUUCAGAUUUCCAAAGUAGAAUGAAAGACCCGGUGAAGGAACUUUUCGAGAAUAUCCAGCGAAAAUCCGACGUGUCGAACAAUCUUCCGGAUCCCUCGAAGCCUGAGAAAAGAGUCUGCGUUAUUUUCCAUGGAGCUCCUUUCACCGAGUAUCAAGAGGUUGCAUGCCGGAGCGCCAGAGUCUUAGAAAUUCCAGUUCUUAGCAUCGAUAAGGCGAUCACGGAAGUUACUGCGCUUUCCGGAAGUCCGUGCUCGAUUCAACUUCGACAGAUCAUCGACGAUGCUUAUGAGACUUACUCGGAGGCUUUUGUGAAACAAAAACAGCGUUUGAUCAGCCAAGACGCUGGUGAAAGCAACGAGGUCGGAUCAGAAUCAACUAGAAGAACAGGAACUUCGAGUAAAAGGAGAAGUUCGCCGAAGGAGAAAUCGUCCAGGACAGGAGGAUCGCCUAAAACCCCGAAGAAAUUGAAAACGUCGAAAUCUGCCAAAAUACGAAGUUCAGACGCGCAGAGAGAAACGAUCCUUCGACUUCAUGCAGAUCCUGAUCCGCUGGUAGAGCUGGAUAAAAUUCCAACCAACGAGAAACUGGAAAUGUUGGAUGCUUUGAGUAGAUACGAAUAUAAGAUACAAGCUAUUUUGUUACUGCAGAAAAUAGUUGAUCACCGUGAUAUCAAUGACUCGCCCAGAGACAGAGGUGAUAGAAGUCUAAGGAAAAAGAAGGAUUCGUUUCUUGGGAUUACUUCCGAAUUAAUAGCUGAAGCUCUUGAAGAAAGAUUAUCCAUGGAGGAUUUCAAGCGAGGUUUCGUUGUACAGAGCUUGGAGUGCAAUUUCCUGCGAAAUAACACGCUCGAAGCUUUGCUUUCCUUGUUACGAAUCGUCGGCAAUAUCGAGUAUCUUCUAUUCGUUACUUUUCUUAAUUCGAUGGCUUGCUACGACACAAGGGUUGAGCAACUUCAAAAGGAAAUAGAAUUGCCAACGGCACAGGAAACCGAGCUUUUCAUCUUUGCAGCGAUGAAAGCGACCGAUCCCAAUCAGAAGAUCCAGGACAUCGACGAGAUGUCGUCGUCCGAAUACGAUCAACUUCCCGACGAGGAUAAGAAGAUGUAUCUGGACGCGAUUCUACCUCUUAAAAGGGCGGAAGCAUCGCGUAGGCGAGCUCGAUUCAUCGAAAGAAUGAUGGAACGUACAAAGAAAAAGGAGGAUCGUAGCUACGUUUCAAGCUUGAAGACAACCAAGAAGAAGCGGAACGCAAAGUCGACGAGACACGCGACAGCAGCCAGUAACUCGAGGCCAGCUUCCAGUAAACGAGGGACAAGCAAAGCAACGAGAAGUAGAGACAGCUCGAAACGAAGGAAAGAAUCUGUAUCGAGCGAGGUGAAAGAAAUUACAGCCACUAUGGAUCGAUAUUACAAGGAUCUCUCGUCGAUCGAGACUGUGAUUCGUAAUUGGGAUCCCAUAAAAAAGACGAUAGAAACAGCUUCUACGACGAAGUCUAAAGCAUCAAGAAGCGCUAGAUCCAAAGAUGUAUCUCCUUUAGAUACAGUUCAAGAGGUGCCUGCAAACAAUUUUCACAUAUGGUACGUAAGAUCCAGCGAUCCUUGGCAAGACACAAUGUACGAUCUAGUUGUGGCUCAAAUGAACGAGAACCUAUUGGCAAAAUCUGCUCUCCCCGUCGAGAUUAUACCAGUACCAGAUCUUCGACCCAAGCUUUAUUCCGUCCUCAGGUGGAAAGCCGUAGAAAAACGAGCUAAAAGAAUUCUCGGCGACGUCUAUCGAUUGGUUUCCUUGACAUCGAUGCCGGAAAUCUUCUCCGUGAACGAGUCAAACGCAGUGAGCGAGGUAAGCGUGCAAGAGAAUUACAGUAUCGCUAAAAGAAAUCGUAGAAGACGUGGACGUAAAGCGAGCAAAACGGAGGAACAAAAAUCAUUGAGCAGAGCGGAAAAUCGUUCUGUGAACGCAUCGACGAUUGGAAGCAAGGACACGAACAACGCGUCAUUUCUGGAAACGAUUCGGGAAGAGUCCUUGAAGCCACGAUGGAUUUUACUGCCGAGCGAAAGCCAGAGGUUCAAGAUCCGCUUCCAACCGGAAGAGUCGGGUCACUAUGAGGAGACGUAUGCGUUGACUCUGUUGGAUGGAAAUUACGUCACCUACGAAGUGAAUGUUACCGGUGUAGCCGAUAUACCGAGGCUGGAUAUGAAUCCUAAAACGAUUUUUGCGAAGACUGCAGAUGCUAAAUUGAACGAGGCAGAGAGUUCUACGUACUUCUACGACAAAGAGUUGUACGAUUUUGGAUCUCAGCUGGUUCUCCGCAAAGACAGAAGGCCGCAUCGUCGAGAGGCUCGGCUGAAGUUUUGCAACAUUUCCGAGGUGGAGGUGGAGGUUCGCGUCUCACUGACGGAAAACGAUUCCCAGUGCUUCUUCGUUCAGCCCCAGCAGCUCCUUAUCGCUCGAGAAACGAAAUCUACGCAGCGAGGUAACUGCGCGACUCUGAUCUUGUCGGCCAUCGCUACCAGACUAGGAAUUAUCACGGGAAAGUUGUUCUUGUGCGUGACAAACAAUCCGAAAGUCGAAGUGAUCGAGUUGCAAAGCAAAGGUACCGUGUUGGACAUCGAACUGGAUGAGAAAGAGUUGUCCUUCGGUCGCAUACUGCUCUAUCGAAUAGAAUAUCGAACACUGACUAUCAGAAAUAAAACUCCGGUUCCGUUCUUUUGGUAUUUGGAAGCCGAAGAGCCUGCUGAUCCACAGAUAACGUUCACGCCUUUUCAUGGAGUGAUAGAGACUCGCAGCGAGCAAAAGAUUGAGUUUUGUUAUCACGCUACCACGGUCGGUGUGGUCCGCAAGAAGGCGAUAAUCUUCAAGGCAUUUCUAGACGAGGACGACAACGAUCCCAUUUUCUACGAUGUCGUAUUAAUAUCUGGAGAAACUUACGACGUCGCAGUGGACAUCAACUACGCGAAUCCUAUCGAUUUGAAAUACAUAAGGGUGAACUUCGCCGCGAAGACGACUUUCUCCAUGAGAAAUCGCGGUGACUACGAGGUGAAAUACGCAAUUACCGUGGAAGACAAAGAGAAAUUGGCGAAAUUAAACUUACCUGAUAAUUUCAAGAAGAAGCUGGAAAUCGAACCAACCACUGGAACUGUUUCACCAAAUCAGGAGAAAACUGUAGAAAUGAUAUUCAAACCGAAGACCGAGCUGACGCUUAAGGAAGCCCCGAUAUUAAAAUGUCAUUUGGUUGACACUCAUAAAGAAACUACUAUAAUCGCCGAGAUUCCUCUCAACGUUUCUCUUGUUGCAUAUUACACUAGGUUUCGUAUCAAUCCAUAUCCUGUGGUAAACUUUGGAGCGUUGGCCAUGUGCACCGAGAAAACCAUGUACCUCAAUAUCGAGAACAUCGGAAAAUUUCCGUUACACUAUUCUAUUCGACUAUUGCACAAACAUCCUUCUGUCAUGUACAUGACCAAACCGUUGCCGAAAGAAUUUCCUAAGAAGACGAGCCUGGCGGAGAGAAGAACCACGUCGAAGAAAGGGAAGAAAUCUGCCAGAAGCGUCAAGACCGAGACCAAAAUCCAUUCGGAGCCAGAGAGGUUGACAAUAGGGCCAAUUACGAUAAUGAAAACAGAGGGCACCGUAGACGUUGAUCAAGCGGACAGCAUCGCCAUCAGCUGUUACCCAGAAUUCGUGGGUUCCCAAGAGGAACAGAUUAUUAUUAUGGUGGACAAUAGCAUUCCCGAGGACAGAGAAGGGAAAAUAGUCACGUUAUCCAUGAACUCGUUCAUGCCCACUAUCGAUUUCCAGGACCUCGACUCGACGUUUCAAGAAAAUCGCGUGGUUGAUAGAAUUCAAGACUUCGACUGUCCCAAAGAUAUCGGGGCGCACACUGUGUUUGCUCGUCAAGAGAAAUCACUCUACUUCCGGUAUAUCAACGUACUGAGCACUCACGUAACUUGUUUCAAAUUGUAUAAUCGUGGCGUAGUUGCUGCGAACGUAGAAAUUCGCUUGAUGGAAGAAUCUUUGAUGCCAAACACAGCAAAACCUAACACGUUUAUCGUAGAACCGACGAACGACCAGAUUCCUCCAAUGAGUCACAAAGUGUUCACAGUGUCUUUUACCCCGCACAUCAUAGAGACGUUUCAAGAAACGUUUCGAGCAGCCGUGGUUUUGCCUUCGCAUCUCGAAGCAGACCAGCUAUUCAUCAAACUGAUAGGAGAAUCUUGCGUGCCGGAAGUGGCGAUUACAGAGCCAGUGCAUGGAGCACGAGAAAGACCUACUUUGAACUUUCCUCGUACAUUGAUCGACGAGAGCAGUUACAGAUAUCUCGCUUUGGAAAACAUCGGAUUCAUUAAGGCGAAAGUCAUCGUGAAGAUCGACGAGGAUUUGAAUAACGUGUUCCUCUUUUCCGCUUGCUCGGAUACGCACCAUUUACUGCAAAUUUGGGAGGAUUACUGCGAUGAAAGAAGUAGAGGUAAAAUAUUUGCACGAGUUGGAAUUGACGCGACCAUCUUCAUCCUAGCGUUAACCCCAUCUCAGCGUUAUAAAGAAAAAUUGAAGAUGUUACCAAACAUUUGUAAUUUUGUCGUUACAGAGCCACGCGAUCGAUGCAUCGUAGUUCGUCUGGCACCCGGAAAUGUAGCUCGCUUCAAAGUAAUCUUCGCUCCGACUGAAAUCGGGAAACAUCAUGGAAAAAUUCGUUUGCACGUGAUCGAUAAUCCGUACGAGAAUAUGUCGACUAAUUUGGAAGGCGAGUGUUACGUGGAGCCGAUCGUUCUGGACGGCUUACAAUUCGAGGAGAAUAAACGUAAAGUCGUGACCGAAAAUCACAAGGUCCGGAGAGUUUUGUCCAAGCAGAAUUCAUUGGUUUCAGCUUCGAGCAUCUCGAUGCACUCUGCGUCUCUGACCUACAUUCUCGACUACGGACUUUGUUUCGUUAGCAAAAUGUACAAAAAGACAUUCAAGAUUGCCAAUAAAUCUACAGAUCGAUGGUUUCGUUUCCAAUGGAGUGCACAUCCGCACGUUGUGUUCGAGCCAUCUAUUGGACAUAUCAAGUAUCUCACGUGCAAAGAAAUCGUUGCUACUUUCCUGGCACCUGAACCUGCGAAUUACGAGAACAUUCGUAUCGAGUGUUUGAUAUGCGAAAUUCUGGUAGAAUAUUCGCAACACCAGUUAGUAGGUUGGGACGAUAGACAGACGGAGGUGCGUUGGGAGCGGAUACAUCAUGAUCUGAUGGAUCGAUUAAGCGACGUAAACUUGUUACUGAAGAAAAUCGUGGAACCAACCAUCGAGGCAAAGCACGAAAUUUUGGCUGGGACGAACAGAUCGAUCGAUCUCCUAUUAAACGCCAUUGUUGCAUUUUCGGAAUGUUUGUGCACUGUUCAAGAAAUUUGUUUCAACGAUACGCUGAUGUUUCAGACCAGGGAGUACAAAUUCUUCCUAUCGAAUCCAGGGAUCGUAGAUACGGUGUUCGCCUGGAAGAUAAACAUGGACGAACAGUAUCCGAAGAGGUACAUAGGAGACAGUUCGAACGUGACUUCCAGACCGAGAACCGCGGAGGAAACCCGCUCCCAGCAUUCGAGAUCAUCUAGGGGAAUCUUCUCCGCAACAAGUGAACUCAGUCGCAGAAAUUUCGGCCAGGAUGAAUCGAGCGCUGGGGUUAACACGAAUAUUUUGUCACGACGAUGCAUGUCAUUCGUUUCCGAUAGCGUCGAUAUGAAAGAUGCUUCAACGAUGAAACAAUCGGAUCUGUUCAGCAGUACCGCAGGAUUAUCGGGAAGAACCACCGACAGUUGGUUAGAAGGCGAUGAUCUGCCUUUCGUAAUUUAUCCCGAGACAGGAACGAUAUCACCCGGACAAUCUGUGGAAUGUACAUUAAAAUUUUCACCCAAGGAUGUAUUUUAUUACAAGGCAUACCUUACGUGCAACAUAGAAAAUCACGAAUCGAAGCAAGCGGAUCUGAUAAUUCCCGUCGUAGCAAGAAGUUUGCUGCCUUAUUGUCACUUCGACGUACAGGAUAGCGACUACGUAACCAGUGGAAGACGAGAUCCAUCGCUACCUGGUCCCUUGGGAUAUGAAAUAGACGAUCCCACUUUGUGGCAGAACAUUAGGGUAAUCGAAUUUAAAGUGGUUGGCGUGGCCGGAACUCAUGUGAAAAAAUUCCACCUGAUCAACCCCACUGUAGACGAUUAUUAUUUCUCAUGGACGAAUCGAUCGCCUCUUGGACCAGGCGAGAUAUCGAAUUUUCAUUGCGCGGUGACCGAGGGCAUUGCCGAACGUGGAAAACGUACCGACCUGGCUUUCACAUUUUUGGCAGAGAACAUCGGCGUCUUUGAAUCAUUCUGGCUCUUUUCCAUCGAUAGAUACAAUCUGGAGUGCCUUUUCCUGCUUGUCGGCAUCGUAACCGAACCGUCGGUGUACUGCCUCACGAUUCACGUGAAACUCAAGCCAACGAUCUUAGGAUUCAACGUGAGAGAUUCGUUGAAAAUAUUGAACAACGAGGAUUUUCAUAUACCGUUUAGCGUGUUAGAGGAAUCGCUUUAUUCCGAGGGUAAAUUUCAAAAGCUUAGCGUAACGCCGAUGACUGGAACUCUGAUCUCGAAGAGCGAGCAACAUUUCUGGGUCGAGUAUCAUCCAACCCAGGUCGGUGAAUUCCACUUUUCCAUUCAAUGCGCCGUGAAGCUGAUGAAAAAUCCCCUUACCAUGUUCGUGACCGCCUCCGUUUACGAUAUCGUGUCCUCGGUUUCGUAUUGCAAGCUCAACGGCGAAAUCGUGCGAGCUUCCGAGAGUAAGGAGAACGUCAUCGACCUGGGCAAGGUGAAUAAACCGGUUCCGAACAUCACUAAGGAAGAAAAAAGGAAAAUGUCAUGGCUGAUUGGGGAUGCUUAUACAAAUUUAUAUUUCUACGAAUACAACUACAGGAAUAGAAACUCCUGUGGCGUCCUGAACGAAACAUGUGAUUUCGGCGUGGCAGUCAAAGUGUUAAGGAUGCAACAAGGCGAAUUGAAAAGAAAUGAAAACGUGUCUUGUUUUCGCUCGAAGAUAAUGCCCGAAGUACCGAUUAAUCUCAAGUUCGACAUAACGAAUGCGUGUAAAGUAGCGUUCUAUUACGCUUGGGAGCUCGGUAUGACGCCGGAAAUUUCCUGCAGAAACGCGUAUAGCGUGACCACGUCUCAGAAGCAAGGCCAUGUGACCAGCGAGGAUCGAUCCGCCUGUUAUUUGACCCUAACAACGUAUCAAAAAGUUACAAUAAAGGAUCAUUGUGUUCUUCUAAAGAUAUCCAAUGGUCCCACUUACAAAUUCACGUUGAAAGCUACGUCCAGAAGACCUGCCAUCGAAUUCAGCUUCAAUCGCUACGAUUUCGGACCUUGCUACAUUCAGCAACACAAUGCAAUCUCCUAUUACGCGGAGCUUCGUGUAACAAACUCCGAUGAUGUAGCUUUUAUGUGUGUUUUCCAGGUUCGUUUGGUGAACCCGCGCGAUCAAUCGAUAGAUCUUGGUAACGUUCCCGCUCGCAAGAGCGUCGUAAGGAAGAUUCCGGUGAUAAACGAAGGUUUGGCACCGCUUGAUCUGAGGUUCGGGAUCAUGAAGUAUCUAAAUGGCUACGACGAGUACCGCGAAAGUCAGAGACAUUGUGACCCGUCGGAUGACGAGAGCGAAAUGGCUCAGGCAUCCAUUAUGGAGAUCAAGCGUUCCUGGACUAUAGAUCAAAGGUUUGAAACCGGCGAACCGAAACUUUUGGACGUUCUGAAGAUCGAACCAUCGUCGAGCGUAGUUUUGAAGCCGAAUAAAAGGGUCAACGUGUUGGUCACUUUUAAAUCUCCAUCGAGGAUAAGAUCGUUCGAAACUAAAGUGGCCUUUCAAUCGUCUUCCAUGAUCCUGCCAUUGUUUUCGGUGCGCGGAAGUUGCGUAGGAGCGGAAUUUCGAUUAAAUAGGAACCAUAUCUCUUUUGGUACUGUAGUUCAGGGUUGUACAGAAGAGUCUAAGGUGAUAUUAAUGAACAUCGGAGAUUUGGGCUCCAGAUUCAAGUGGAACACAUCGAAAUUGCCGAAAGAUUUCCAAAUUACUCCUAUGUCCGGUUACUGCUCGGCCGGUAUGGAUGUCAGUUUCACGGUGAAGUUUCAACCCCCUGAGCAGCGUAACUUAAUUGAGGGUGAGGUGAGUUCACGACCUCAUUUCCCGUCACGGCGUACAAAUAUGUCAAACAAUCUCUUAAUGAGAUUCUCUGCACGCGUGUCCCGCCACUCCACCACGUCCUCGACGUCGCGUCGGUUUAACUUUCGAGAUUACACGAUUAUGAUUUUUGACGAGUUCUCGAUACAAGUAUAUUUCCUAAUUUUUUCUUUUUACUAUUUUUCCUUACUACUUUCGGUAUCUUUUUUGCAGACAGUAAUGGAGAUUGAGAAGUACCAAUCUUUGAGGGUUAAAAUUAGCGGAGCGUGCUGCAAACUACCUGAUCCGAUCGAAACGAUCGCGUUCGAGUGUUUGGUACGAGAAAAGCAAACUCGAUCCGCGGUUAUAAUGAACGAUUCCACCCAUACCUGGAAGUUGAAGGUUGAAGUAACCGGAGAUUACUUCUCCGCCGACGAAACGUUGCAAGUUCCUUCGCAACAAUUUGCUCCUUGUGUUGUGACAUAUUCACCGCUGGUCAUGAACUCUGAAAACACUUUGCAUAUGGUAGAAAGUCAACCGAUAAAUCAAAGUUCAAAAUGGAAAUUUAUAUACGAAGCUGUUUCUCUCUUCUUUUUAUUCGUGCAGGGAACGCUGAUGCUGAAAUCCCAGGACGAAAACUUAUAUUUGUUAUAUUUUCUUCGUGGCAGAAGCUUGCCACCUCGAGUUACGGAGAAGAUAAGCCGUCAAUUCCCCGCGAAAACAAGGUAUACCGAACUGUUGCCUGUUCACAACUGGUUAAAUACGCAACAGCGAUUCCAAUGUAAGAUCGAAUUGUUAACAAACGAUAACACGCAAUCACAGAUUCCUCUAUAUAGCUUCGUAGGUAACGAAAGAAUCGACGUUCCACCGAACAGUCUGCGAGAUUACCGAGCAGUGUUUUAUUGCUACGAGAAAUGGAACUUUUAUUUCAAAGUAACGUUCACCAACGUGGAGAAAGAAUAUCAAUUCUACGAGAUAGAGUACGAAGUAACAGAACCGGAAGUAAUCGAAUCGAUCAAGUUGGCAACCCCUGCCCGAUCCCAGAUUUGUUACCCUUUGAAACUGGAGAAUCCCCUCGAACGUGAAACGAUCAAAUUUACAGCAGAGUGUCUUCAUCCAUUUGUCACUGUUACCAAAGUGUCAAAGAUCGUGCAACCACUAUCGCACGAGUAUAUUACUAUAAUAUAUCAUCCAACGAUGCCAUUCAUCACCGACGAUGUCAUGUUAAAUGUUGAUUCCGACAAGCUGGGCCGAUUUCCAUACGAAUUGCGAUUGAAGGCCAGUCCCGCUCCUCCAGAGAAAACCACGCGUGUCAAUGCGGCUUUAGGAAGCAAUUACGCGUUCUCGCUUCCUGUGAAAAAUUUCACUCGCGAGAAUGCCAUAUUUUUGAUACACGUAGAUAGUGAGUGUUUCGCGUGUCCGAAAAAUAUUCAAGUGAAUGAACUAAGCGAGGGUAUAAUCGACGUAAUUUACGAGCCGUACGAUGUUGAAAAUGCCACUGCCACGUUGAUAGCAUCUUCGGACACUGCCGGAGAAUUUAUCUUCCCUUUGAUCGGUUCUUGCUCCUUGCCAAAGCCUAUGGGUCCUUACGUGAUCACUCGAAGCUCUCCAGCUUUUAUAUCUUUCAAAAAUGUCUUCAGAGAAGCAAAGACCUUUGAUUUUAUCGUCGAUGUUGCCGAAAUCUUCACAGUGGGCACUGCGUCAACCACAUUAAAUUCUAAACAGAGUAUCGAUGUUAAAGUGGGUAUCCGGGAAAAUGAGUUAGAAGAAGAGGACUUUCAAGAAGAAAACUAUCCCAUUACCGGAAAGCUAAUGGCGUAUUGCACUGAUCAUGCUUUUUCUCAUAUAAAUUGGGUGUAUUACUUAAGAGCAGUUUUUGAAUGAAAUACAAACGAAUGUUUCACUUUUGAGCUACCGUUUAUGCAAAUUCUAUUUUUAAGUUGACGCGAAAGAAAUAGUCGCGCGAUAUUUAAUGACGCCUUACAGUAUGACGCAAGGAUUAAGCCAUUGUAAACCGGGUCACAGUCCUAAAGGGGCUAUAAGUUCGAGAAUUAUUUACGAUUAAAUAGAUUCAAACAUUCUAAUGUUUUUAACUUCUAGAAAAAUUAGAUAUUUCACGCUUUACGUGUUUUCAUUCUUAUCUCAUACUUUAAUACAAAAAUAUUAUUUUCAUGGAUGAAAUAUUCAAAAAAUAUUAAUAAAAAAUAUAUGCACGUCAAAGUCGAGUACACGUCACAAUAUUUGAUAAAUGAAACAAACUGCUGUUUAGGCUCCAUAUUUUUUAGUCAUACUCAUGGAAAUAUGCGUUUGUACUAUAAAUAUCCACAGCCCAAAUUUUUCAUCAUUCACUGAAAUAGACAUCUUUAUAAAUAUUCUGUAAACAAAUUCAACGACAAUUUCAUUAUCAAAUUUUCAGAUGAUCGUACAUUUCUUUCACUUAUCUUCCGAAAAUUUCCCACUGCCCUCCUCUGUCCGCUAACAACG